CAAAUACCAGCACGUGAAUUGUUUAAAAAUAAAUAAAUCUUUCAUACAGAGUAUGAAUAUUCAGAAUACAAGUUUAAUAAUAACAAUUUAUUUUUUAAAUGGAUCAAAUUCACUUUUUAACACAUGUAACCUUUAUUCACAAAAAUACAAAUGAAUAUGUAUGGAAAAAGUAGACCUUCCAAAUAUCCAUUUAUGCAUUCUACCUAUGACGAGUAUGUUAAAAAUACAUAUAAUACAAUUCGGAAGGAAUAACAAUAUACAUUUAUUUCUAACAGUCCCAUAACUAUGUUUAACAAUCCAGUAUCUCGUUUAUUGUCAGGGUUUGCUCAAGCUAUAAUAGAACUUGUAGAAGAUGAAACUACUCCGGUUACUACUAAUACGUAUAAUAUAACACCUGGUCAUUAUACUACCAUUAACAGUAAUAUUACUAAUUACACCAAUAAUUGUGUCAAAUCGACAGUUGUUAAUGACAACGUUGGGAAAACUAGUGAUGCACUCAAUCAUUAUCAGUCGAACAUACAAAAUGAGACAAAGUUUCUGGACAUGAAACAAUCAAAUAAUGAUAUGAGAUUGGUGGCUAGUCAAACACAACAACAACAAAACUUCCAUACACUGUCAUCAGCAUCAUCAUUGUUACUAUUAUCAACUCAUUCUGAUUCAAUAAACACUGACACAAACCUAAAUUCAACCUAUCCAUCAAUUAUUAGUAAUUCAUCAUCUUUAUCCAAAGAUGUAAUAAGUACCAAUGAACUAGAUGCUGGGAUUAACGUGAAAAUAAUUACUGAUAAUCUACAUGAGCCUGAAAAUGAGGAUGUUGAUAAUGGUGAUCAUGAUAAACAUAGUUUGCAUAUUGACACUGACCAUAAUAUCACUCAAGAUAACAUUUAUAAUCCAACUGAUACAGAUACUGAUUCUUGUUUAACUGAACCACAAAUAUCACCAAACUAUUAUCAUACAAUGGAUAAACGUUAUAGUUUAGAUGAAUAUGAUUUGAAACGAUUCGAUUCAUCUGUCUUACAAUCGAAUGAAAAAAAACUGAAUAAGGAAGAAAAUGAAAAUGAAUAUGUAAAUGGUAAUCAGAAUGAAUGUAUGAUAAGUUUGAAAAGUAUUUAUGUUAAAGAUAACAUUUCUGGUAGGUAGUAGCUGUCAGUGAUUUACAGGUUUCGAUUAUUAC